CGACUCACUCUUACUUAGGCAGACGAAGAACGCGUCUCCCGUCUCGAUCUAUUCUCUUAAAAAUGCGUAGCUCAAGCACUGUGGUACUUGCUGCGACCAGCCUCUUAGUUUUCGCUGCGUUUAGCCUACUGGCACUGAGUGCGUUCAAACAAUACACUCUUCCCUCACUAGGAUUAGGACCAUUGCAAUUGCAAGACCCGGCUCGAGGUCACAAUGGCAAUAGCAGUGGAGGGCCGCGAAAGUUUGCAACACCUAUUGGGCAAUGGAAUGGCCUCUUCCACCCCAUAAACCUCACCGUCGGCACUCCGCCUCAACGCUUCAACGCCUCGAUCGAGCUAUCCUCAAGCGCGUUCUUCAUUCCAUCAAUCUCAUGCGACCCAUACGCCUGUAUGGGUAGACAAGAAUACAGUUCCAAUCAAUCUUCCACAUAUAGCCCGAACGGCUCAUAUGCCUCGGCAUCGUAUUGGGCCGUACGAUACACCGGGAUCCUGUCGCAAGACACCGUCAGCAUCGCCGGUGUUGAGAUACAAAAUCAGAUGUUUGAAGAGUACACCGAUUCUCAUAUGAUUUCUAUCGGUGGUAUGGACGUUGGCUUUGAUGGCAUGUUGGGUCUUGCACCGCCGUGGAGUGAGGAGCAGAAUGGAGAAAAGUAUCCAAAUUAUCUGUCUCUGCUUAUGAAGGAGGAGAAAUUGGAGGAAAACGUUUUCUCGCUGCGAUACCCGACGACCCUGGAGGAGCAGGGUGAACUCAUGCUCGGCGGCAGCAAUUCUAAUCUCUACACCGGAUCCUUCCGCAACAUUUCCCUUCUACCGGACGACGUGGAUACGCCUGGCUUGCAAGGCGGCUGGACCGUCCCCCUAUCCUCCAUCACGCUGAACACGCCCCACCCCCUGCACCUCCCAACGCCGAACUACACUGCGGCUCUGGUCUCGGAACCGCUCCUCAUCCUCCCCACAGCCUUCGCCCGCAACAUCACCAAGAUCAUUGGCGCCGAGCCUUUCUAUCUCUGGCUCCAAUCCGUGCCUUGCGAUCGCCGGCCGUACCUCCCCACGCUGACGUUUGAGAUUGAAGGGCAGGAGUUUACAAUCGAUGCGUGGGACUAUACGUUUGAGUGGAGCUUCGGGAUGCCAGAGGGUUCUGCGCCGAUGUGCGCGGUGUGGAUUGGGGAAAGCGGGGAUUAUGGGCUGGGUGAGGGGGUGGUGGGGCUGGGGACGGCUUUUUUGAAGAGAUGGUAUUCGAGGUGGGAUUUUGAAGGGAGGAGGAUAGGGCUUGCUGAGCUGAAGAAAUGAGGGCUGGGCAUUGCAUUGGACGUGGUAUAGUCGUCCUCAAAUCGGCUCAUGGACAUGGAGGAGCGUCAGUCGAGCGGUUCAUCGACUACAUGAGAUAGGUCUGAGAGUCUGGCUCUUUUGCCAUUGAAAUGCGCUGGUGGUAGAGUUUGAAGCUUCCCGAAGUGCGGGAGUAUGUUGUGUACAUGACGAUGGCAUCACCUGGAUGCGACACACAGAUAGAUCGAUAGCUCGUAGAGAACUCGCCGCGUCCGCUACGAUGUCUCUUGGUAUUGGAGUUAUUGGAGUUCAGUUGAAGUUCGGCGCAGAGACGGAGAUAAUUCGGCUAGUCCUUUAACGGCAAGACUGCGAGCCCCACUAACGUCAUGGCUAC